GAAUAAGUACGCAAUAUGUCUAGCAGCAAUAAAACUUCAGCACAGGCUCAGCAAAAGUUUACAAAUCUACGUAAACGACUUGACCAGCUUGGAUACAGACAAACUUUAGGAUUAGAGUCAUUGCCACUUGUUGAAAAAUUAUUUGCUGAUCUUGUUCACACAACAGAAAGUUUGAAAAAUGCCAAGUUACAGCUGGGUAAAACAGAGGUGGAAACAAAAGAUGUGGACAGUGCAAUUGAACCUUACAAGAGUGACAAUGCAAAGCUAGUGAAGGAAAAUAAUGACCUACAUCAGCAGAUCAUCAAACAAAAAGAUGAAUCAGAUGCUAUUGUUAGAGAGUUAAAAGCAUCUCUAAGGAAACUUGAACAUGAGAAUGCUGAUUUGAAAUUCCUGAACAAUCAGUAUGUACACAAAGUCAAACAACUGGAAAAAGAAUCCAGGGAGAAAUCUGAUAGAAUUCUGCAUCUACAGGAAAAAAAUUUCCAUGCUGUGGUUCAGACCCCAGGAGGUAAAAAGAAGAGCAUACCAUUCCGUCGACAAAGGAUGGAGAUUGACUGUGCUGUUCCUCCCACUGAUGGCCCCAUGGGGCAUGCCUUUGCUGCAGCAGAUGACCCCUAUGUUGCUGACCUUCUUCAAGUAGCAGACAGCAAAAUUGCAGAGUUAGAGAAGAGGAUCAAUAUUGUGUGUGAUGAGAAAGAAGUUCUGGAUAGAAAACUUAAGAGCUUCAAACAACAGGUUGCCAAUAGAGAUGAGGAAAUAGAGCGACUGAACAGGAUGUUGGAGGGAGGAAGACCAUCAGACGUUGUGGCCCUAGAGGCACGCAACAGGGCAAAUGAGCGUAUGAUUUCUCACCUUAACAUUCAGAUUGACUUCCUGCAGCAGAAAACACGAGAACUAGAGAGGAAAUACCAGGAUUCAAAUGCUAUCAAGGAGGAUCUAGAGGUCACUCUUAGUAAGAGUAAACUGACCAUCAGGGAUCAAGAGGCACGGAUCAAAGAAUUAGAACUGGACCUCAGGGAUGUUGAUAGGGUAGCUAAAAGGCUGGAGACAGACAAAAAUAAUGUUGUACGGACAGCUGACCGUGAAAUGAUGGAGGCCAAGGAUGAGCUUGAGAAGUCAAGACACGAACUGGAAGAUUUAGACCUCACAAUUGCUCAGUUCAAAGCUGAGAAUCAGAGAUUGAACAAGGAAGUGGGUGAACUGAAAGCUCAGCUGACCGUGAAGGGUGGAGAUAUACUCCGAUUGGAGGAUCUACUGGACCGUGUCCAGGAAGACAAGAAACGACUCAGCAACCGCUGUAACAAGAUGAUGGCCAAUGAAAAAGAACUGGUUCUAGAAAUUGAAAGACUGAAAAGGAAGAAUGGCCCAGUGACCACUGUGAAUGGCAAGAAAGGAAAGUCAGCCACCAAACUGGAUGCCUUCAUCCGUAGUAUUGAGGAGGAGAGAAACUACUAUAAGGACCAGACAGAGGCUCUCCAGAAAAUGCUGCGGGGGGAGAUCCCAUCUCGCAGUCGUAGCCCUGUCAGGUCCAGGCCAUCGUCCCGCAGCAGUAGUCCUGUCAGAGAUAUUGCCAGCAAGUCUGAUAAAAAGACUGUUGCACAGUAUGAGAUGAUUAUUCGGGUGUUGGAGGAGGAGAGAGAUUACUACAAGAAAGAGUAUGAAGUUCUGAAGGCAGUGAAGAAGUCUUCCUCCUCAGCCAGAGCUACCCCCACCAAGAGCUUCACAUCAGAAGACCCAGAGCUUUCAAAGGUCAUCAGGGAGAGAGAUGAUCUCAAGGCUUUACUGGACAAAUUUGAGAGGCACAUGGCAGAGAUUCAAGCCAAUGUUAAAGUCCUGACAGCGGAGAGAGACAAGCUUAACAUUAUGUAUGAGGAGACCAAAGACGAGCUUCAGAGAGUGAGGAGAGAGCUGGUGAAAUCCCCCAAGUCCCCUAAGACUUCCCUGGCAGCUCAGGCUAUUCUGCGACGAGUGGAGACAGAGAGAGAUGAUGCCCUCCAGGAUUUACGACGCAUGACAACAGAGAGGGACAGUCUGAGGGAGAGAUUGAAGAUAGCCACCGAGACCUCGCUGUCUGACAGAGCUAAACUAGAACAGAAGAUUGAGGACCUAGAUACUGCUCUUAGUCAUGUUGAGACAGAGAAGAAUGAGAUGGCUCUGAGAAUUGCCACUCUAAAGGAGGACAUUAGGAGUUACGAGGACCAAGUGAAGGAGCAGGCUCUGAGGCUCGGACAGGCUCAGGACAGUAAUGCUCAGAGCAGGUCCACAGCAGAGCAAAUGAAAAUGAUAGCUGAGGAGACAGAGAAGUCUUUAGAGGACACACAGAAGAGACUUUCACACAGAGAACGAGAGCUCCAUAAUCAAGAGGAGCGAGGAGUUGCCCUCGAGGAGAAAUGUGCCGAGCUGAAACAGGCUUUAGAGAUGGCAAAGGAUGAUAUCAGUCAACUCCGGGCAACCAUUAAUGCCAUGGACAGAGAAAAAGAUUCAUUACAGCACACAGUAGAUGAGAAAACAGAGAAAAUAGCUCAUCUUAAUGAAGAUAUUUUACAUAAGGAAAAACUGAUGAGUGAUCUUAAGAUAAGAAUGAGUGAACUUGAAGCACAAUUAGAGCAUGCUAAUGAUAAUUUGAACUUAAAAGAACGUGAGCUUAAGAGUAUGCGUCGUCAGCUAGAUAGUACAUCGGAGGAUUUGAGCGAGUCGAGUCGAAGUAAAGACAUCGCUCUGAGGGAGAACCGUCGACUUCAAGAUGACCUUGCUGUGAUGACCAGAGAGAACCAGAAACUGAACUCGGAACUUCAGGAAACGUUAGAGGACAAGGAACAUCUCAAACAACAAGUACAGGAUUACAUGAUGGAGGUCAAACGCAUUGAGGACGUACUGGCCAGAAAGGAGAACGAGAGGACAGAUCUGUUGGAGCAGUACAGAGCUCUAUCUGCGGAGGCUGAACAAUAUCAGACUUCCACCCAUCAGCUGGAGAGUGAGGGAUCGAAUCUUCGUUUAGAACUCAUGACAAAGGACUCAGAGCUCAGGAGAGCUCGCGAUAAGCUUGACAAUCUAGAAAGAGAGAUUCAGGAGCACUUGAAUGCUGAGCAGGCUUACGAGUUACAGGUGUCCAAUCUGACACGGUCCGUCGGCAAUCUGGAGGAGGCCAUGAGACAAACAGAGGAGGAUAAACAGAACCUUCUGGAGGAUCUGACCGCUGUCCGAGAACUCUGUGCCAAACUGGAGGCUACAAAGGAAUCCAUACAACGACAGCUUACCUCCGCCAGCCUCGACAAGGAACAGAUGUCCACCUUGAUUGAGGACAUGAAGCAGGAGACAGAACUCCUGAAGCAGCAGUUAUCAAGUGAGAGAACCAAUGCUAAGAAUUUGGAGGGACUGUUACAGAACAACAGAGAGAAGGAGUUUACCAGUCAGCUGGCACAGCAGGAAAAGUCCUCCGAGAUCCAGAUGUUGAAGGACAGACUGGCACUCAACGAGAGCAAAAUACAAAGUCAGGGACGUGAAAUUGCAUCAUUGAGAACUAGGAAUGUUGAAUUGGAAGGAGAUGUAGAGAGAUUACGUCGUAACUUAACAAGUGAGAAGUUCGAGAGAGAAAGAGCCAUUCAGGAACUCCGUCGACACAACAUUGCCCCACCCAUCCCCACCAUGGAGUACAGUACUUAUCCUAGCUAUUCCAGAACUUACACCUCCAUGACAAGGUCAAGGUCACGAUCCAGGUCCAGAUCACCCAGUCCAUCCAGGUAUAGAAGUCCUGAUACAUCCUACCUGAGUUCAUCUGCCAGACGAGCCCGCAGUCCUGAAAGAAGCAGCUAUUUAGAGGACCCUUCAGAAACAUCCACUAAAGGCAUCGGUCAGGAUGUCUUAUGAUCAUCACAAAGCAGCAACUUCUCUUCACAAACUUAGAUAUAAACAAAGUAAUAUAUAUUUAUAUGUUCGGUAUGCCUGUAGAUUUUUACACAAGGUUGAAUAAGUCCUAAUGUAUGUGGUAUGCAAGAAAUCCACUGCCCUGAUCUGAGUUAGAUAUUGUAUAAAAAAUAAGGAGGAGAAAGUCUCUUGAACUUUUGAGAUCAUCAAUUUUAGAUUUUUUAAGAAAGAGCACAUUUCUGGUGGACCUAUUUUGUAGAGAUAAGUCUGGGUGUAGAAGGUAUUUUUUAGUAUCUAGCUACAUGAUAUUUUAGAUAUUUUUGUCUGUGAUAUUUUCAAAUUUCCAUCAGUGUAUUACUGAUGAAUAUUAUGUACUCAAUGACUUCUCUUAAUUAGUUCAUUAUUAUGUAAUUGCCAUUAUUAAAUAUAGAAUGAUGUUUUUAACAUCAGAGUAUGGUUAAAUUUAUGAUUCAAUACAUGGAAGUUAUUAC